AUGGCCACGAUGCGUGCUGUAGACGUCCACAAUAAAAAAGGCCCCGCCACCUCCCUCUUCAUCAACCCCAACACCCCUCGCCCAUCCCCGAAAGGAUCAGAAUGUCUCAUCAAAGUCCGCGCUUUUGGCCUCAACCGCGCCGACACGCUCCAGCGUGAAGGCAGAUACCCGGCUCCACCUGGAGUCACGCAGACCAUGGGAUUGGAAUUCUCGGGAAUCGUUGAGGAAGUUGGCAGUGGUCAGACUGAUGACGAAUGGAAGAAGGGUGAAGAAGUCUUUGGGCUGACAUAUGGAGGCGCGUAUGCGGAGUAUGUAGUGGUGAAUAAGAAAAUGCUAUUGAGGAAGCCAGCGGAGUUGGGCUGGGAGGUGUGUGCGGGUAUACCUGAAGUCUGGAUGACAGCGCUCCAAGCCCUGCGCCUAGUGGGAGAAUGGUGUCCAGAGAAGAAAAGCAUCCUCUGGCACGCCGGCGCCUCCUCCGUCUCCAUCGCAGGCAUUCAGCUCUCCCUCAACCUCUCCCCUACCCCAAAAGUCUACGCCACGACCCGCCAGGACGCAAAGUGCACCUUUGUCGUAGACGAAAUCGGCGCAACUUCAGCUUUCAAAAGCACCAAACCCUACACCAAAGCCGACGGCUCAGAAGGCGGUACGUGGGCCGACGAGGUCCGCCGCACAAACAACAACGAAGGCAUCGACCUCGUCAUCGACUACAUUGGCGCCCCUUACUUCGGCGACAACCUCGCCGUCCUCGCAAAGGAUGGGAGAGUUGUGCAGCUUGGUGCGUUGGGAGGGACUGUCCUGCCUGAGAAGACAGAUAUCAGUGCUUUCAUUAUGAAGCGGGCGAGUUUUGUGGGUUCGACGCUGAGGAGUAGGGACCCGGAGUAUCAGGGGAGGCUGAGGGAUCUGCUUGCGGAGGAGGUGCUGCCGAAGUUGGUGAGGGGGGAGUAUAGGAUGCCGUUGGAGAGGGUGUUGAGUUGGAGGGAUAUCGGGGAGGCGCAUCUUUUGCUGGAGGGGAAUAAGACGAUGGGGAAGUUGGUUUGCGUGGUGGAUUGA